AUCCAUCUUUGGUAUUUAGAGCAUAUCAAAAAAAAAAAACAGGCCCAAAUUUUAUUAAAAUGGCAUUCAAAUUCGUCACUUUGUUCGCUGCUCUCGUAGCUGUUGCCAGCGCCGGUGUUCUGCCAGCUGCUCCCUUGGCCGCCGUCGCCAAAGUUGAGGAAUACGAUCCCCAUCCCCAAUACUCUUAUGGUUAUGAUGUUAAGGAUGCCCUCUCCGGUGACUCCAAGACCGCCGUUGAGACCCGUGAUGGCGGUUUCGUCCAAGGUCAAUACUCUUUGAAUGAUGCUGAUGGUUACAGACGCAUUGUCGACUACACCUCUGACCCCGUCAACGGUUUCAACGCUGUUGUCCGUCGUGAACCUUUGGUAGCUGCCGUUGCUGCCGCCCCCGUCGUUAAGGCUGCCGUAGCUGCUCCCGUUGUUGCUGCCCCUGCUCCAGUUGUUAAGGCCGUCGUUGCUGCUCCCUUCACCUAUGCCGCUGCCGCCCCUGUCGUUAAGGCUGCCUACACUGCCGCUCCAUUUGCCUAUGCCGCCCCAGCUGCUUAUGCUGCUGCCCCAGUAGUCAAGGCUGUUGCCCCAGCUACCUUCGGCUAUGCUGCCCCCGUUGUUAAAGCUGCCGUCCCUGCUCCCAUUGUUGCUGGCCCAGCUGUCGUAAAAACUAGCUUCGCAUCUCCCCUUAUCUCUUAUGCUUAUUAGAUAAAAACGGAUCGACUGUGAUUGUUAGUUGUUAUAGCUGAAUAAAGAUAUGCCAUGAUUUUA